AUGGGCGGAGUCAGCUUGCGACCGUAUUCCCCGGGUAACGCUCAGUGUCGCUUGUUGAAUCCGCUACCCAAUGGAGGCGCAAGAUUGAACAUGGAACCACCGUUCCCGCCGGAUGUAGCGCCGUUCACGCCCAUUUGGGGUCAGGAAAAUCCAUCAUCGAUGGUUCACUAUCCCGAGCUGAUGGCCGGCUUCCCGUGUGCUGAUUUAGCAAUUUGGCCUCGACAGCAGGUAGGCAGCUUUGUUAGCCAACGGUUGUCACCACGCGGUGCACACGCCGCAUCACAGAGCUCUUCCUCGAAGAAAACGCGCCGCCGGGUUGCUUCGAUGGCACAGCGGCGAGCGGCCAACAUUCGCGAACGACGUCGCAUGUUUAAUCUUAACGAGGCAUUCGACAAACUACGGCGCAAGGUGCCGACAUUUGCGUACGAAAAGCGAUUGUCACGCAUUGAAACAUUACGGCUGGCGAUCACCUACAUCGGAUUCAUGUCGGAGCUACUGACCGGCACACCGACACACGAUGGCCGUUCACCGGAGCUCUACCCAUCCCUUGCCAGCAGUAACUCCGCACACCACCACCACCAUCAUGCGACACAGCAACAUCAUCACAGCCAUCAUCCGUCGGUCGUGGCUCCGGCACCGGUACCACUACCGCCCACUACUACGGGAGCGUCCGGGGUGCACCAUCUGCAUCAUUCAUCGCUACAGCGGGCUGCAGUUGCUGCGGCCGCUGUCGCCGCCGCUGCUGCUGUGUCUUCCACCAACCCUACCAACGGUAGUGACUAUCUGGCCGCGUACAGCGCUACCACAGUACCGGCGGUGCAGCAUCACACAGGUUGA